AAUGAAAACAACACAUUUUUUUCACAGUGAGAGGGUCCAAGCCUGGUAAGAAUGUCCAGCUUCAGGAGAAUGAAAUCAGAGGACUGUGCUUAAAGUCUCGUGAGAUCUUUCUCAGCCAGCCUAUCCUACUAGAACUUGAAGCACCACUCAAAAUAUGUGGUGACAUCCAUGGGCAAUACUAUGAUUUGCUGUGACUUUUUGAGUAUGGUGGUUUCCCGCCAGAAAGCAACUACCUGUUUCUUGGGGACUAUGUGGACAGGGGAAAGCAGUCAUUGGAGACAAUCUGCCUCUUACUGGCCUACAAAAUCAAAUAUUCUGAGAAUUUUUUUCUUCCCAAAGGGAACCAUAAAUGUGCCAGCAUCAACAGAAUUUAUGGAUUUUAUGAUGAAUGUAAAAGAAGAUACAACAUUGAACUAUGGAAAACUUUCACAGACUGUUUUAACUGUUUACUGAUAGCCGCCAUCAUGGAUGAGAAGAUAUUCUGCUGUCAUGGAGGUUUAUCACCAGAUCUUCAAUCUAUGGAGAUUUGGCGAAUUAUGCGACCAACUGAUGUACCAGAUCAAGGUCCUUGUGAUCUUUUGUGGUCUGACCCUGAUAAAGAUUUCUUAGGCUGGGGUGAAAAUGACAGAGGAGCGUCCUUCACAUUUGCUGCAGAAGUGGUUGCAAAAUUUCUCCAUAAGCAUGAUGUGGAUCUUAUAUGUAGAGCCCAUCAGGUGGUUGAAGAGGGAUAUGAAUUUUUUGCAAAGAGGCAGUUGGUCACUCUGUUUUCUGCAUCCAAUUAUUGUGGAGAGUUUGACAAGGCAGGUGUCAUGAUGAGUGUGGACGAAACACUAAUGUGUUCUUUUCAGAUUUUAAAUCCUGCAGAGAAAAAGAAGCCAAAUGUCACGAGACCUGUAACACCUCCAAGGGGUAUGAUCACAAAACAAGCAAAGAAAUAGAUGUCAUUUUGACACUGCCUAGUUGGGACUUGUAACAUAGAGUAUAUAACCAUCAUUUUUAGGACUGUGAUGUAUACUGAUCAGCUUGCUCAAUAGAUCUGCAUUUGUGGGGGCCCUUCCUUCCGUUUU